AUGGGUGACCCUCGAAAUGAUCCAAGAAACGCCCCCAGAAAUGAUUCUCGCGUAGAUCAACGAAACGAUCCUAGAAGCGAUCCAAGGAAUAAUUCCCAAUAUGACCCUCGGACCGCUCCUCGUAAUGACUCUGGAAAUGACGGCUGGAACGCUCCUCAAAACGAUUCCAGAAUGGGUUCAAGAAACGAUCCUCGAAAUAACUCAAGAAAUGAUCCUCGUGAUGAUCCUCGUGAUGAUCGAUCGAACAAAUCUCGAAAUGAUCCUCGAGGCGAUCCUCGACGAUCUCAAGAAGCAACUUAUGGAAAUGGAGGGAACAAACCUACACCAAGAUCCAGCUCCGGUUAUGAUAAAUACGAUCCGUCAGAGCCUACUCAAAACAGUUCUUUCAAUUCUUCAUACAACAAGGAUCCUUACAAUGACUCUCAGCGGAGCAAUCAAUCAUACGGGGCGUCUCAAGAAUCAAAGAGCUCUCAUGACUCACAAAGAGAUUCCAAUCCCUACGCAUCGAAUCCAUAUUCUUCAAACGACCGAAGCACAAACUCAUACUCUUCUGGUCGCAACUCGGCUGACCAAGGCAACUCGAACCCAUACAGGGACAAUCCAUACAAUCGAACACCGACGAAUGAACGAAGAAAUGGGGACCAAAAUAAUGCCUCGUACGAAUCUCCUAUCCCUAAAAUUCCGUACAGUUCGAAUCCGUACGAUCGUCCACCUCCCCCUCGAUUCCAGGAAGACCCACGAAAAGCCCAAAAACGGGCAAAUGAAGAAACCGAAUAUAUUCCUUCCACUGUUGAUAAAUUCAUGAAGUCGAAUAUGACGAAAGAUGAGGUCUUCGCUGAUCUCAAAGCGAAACUUUUCGAAAAUCCGUCCGUCCAAACGAGUGCCAGCGGUGUUCCUCCGCCAAGUAAACGUCGCGCGCAUUCGCCUCCUCGUUCUCGAUCUCCACCUCAAUCUUCGAACUACCACGAUUCUCCAGGACGCGUCUUUGGCGGAAACCAGCCGCCGCCUCAGCUCUCAAACAACGAUUCUUACGACGACAUCAUUUCCACACUGCCACGUGCCGCCCAAGAACGCGCGAAAAACAUGCCAGCCCAUUUACCACCAGAGCUCGUCGUGCAAGAGGCUACGAAGCAGCCAGAACGGCCUGGUUAUCACCACGACAAUGGUCCGCCAAUGCAUGACAUGGGCCAUCAACGAGGAGGAUUUAACGGCCCUCCGAGAGGAGGUGGCUUCGACAAUGGUUUCCGGGGCCGUGGCGGAUUCCGAGGACGAGGCGGAUUCCGUGGCGGCGGAUUCCACGGUGGCUUCGACAAUGGAGGCUUCCGAGGCCGAGGAGGUUUCCGAGGUCGGCCACCAUUCCGAGGACGUGGCGGAGCUCACUAA